UUUUUCACUUUAAUUAGACUGAGAACAUAGAAGAGUGUUUUACAAUGUCGGCAGACGCGUCUUCGUUCUAAAACUGGAUUGUCCGACCGCACUGGUGUGACAGAUGUCCCAAGCCAUGGCUUUCGAGAGCCCCCGGACGUCCGUGUUCACGUUCCAGUCCUCGGUGCACUGCUCGCAUGUGCUCCUCUGUCUGAAUGAGCAGAGGCAGAAGGACAUCCUCUGUGACCUCACAGUGGUGGUGGAGAACCAGAGCUUCCGCGCCCACCGCUCUGUGCUGGCCUCCUGCAGCGACUACUUCCACUCCCGCGUCACCAGCCUGGUGGGACAAGGCCUGGUGAUCACACUGCCUGAUGAGGUUACUGUGGAAGGGUUUGAGCCAUUGCUGCAGUUUGCAUACACUGCAAAACUCCUCUUUACCAAAGAAAACAUCCUUGAGAUUCGCAACUGUGCGACCAUUUUGGGCUUCCGCAACUUGGACAAAGCCUGCUUUGAAUUCCUCAUCCCAAAGUUUUUUGACAGCAGCAGAAGCGCUCAGGCCACGCAGAGGAAGGUGUGCUGCAAGAGUAAAUACUGGAAGGAGAGAUCGUCAAGGGCGCGCUGUGGCAACAGUGAUGAUGAUGAUGAUUACAAAGAGGAGAGCGUGGAGGUGGACUCUCCGGAGGUGGUCCUUAAAAAGCAAGAUGCUAAGGCCCCAUGCCCAAGCGCUAAACCAACAGCAGAAGUCUCUGGAAACUGCAGUCUCAUGUGCCCGGAUCUUGGCUUGCCAACAGACACCUCCCUGCUCUGUCCGAGAUACCGCAAGUUCCAGAUGGCCUGCAAGUUCCAGCUGACCAGCGACGGAUGCUCCCCUUCUCGCCUGCUGUGCCCUGGCAGUGAUGGAGGCGACCGCCCGGGCAGACGCGAGUCUGACCUGGACAAGGCAAGCAAGAAUGAGGUCGCUAUAGCGGCCAUUUGUCCCCCAGCUGCGCCACCGCUCCCAGUGAAUUCUAGCGCCGCUGACUUCGGCGGGAUGCCAGAUUCCGGCUGCAGUCCAUCUGUGGGGUCGGUGGGGGCUGAACCUGACUGUUGUCCUCUGGGUCCCUUUGAAAUAUGCUGUAUGAAUCCCAUGGCUGGAGGGGAGGAGGGCAGCGAUAAUAAGAGACUGAUGGGCUCGAUGCCCACAGACCCCAUCCCGUCCAGCAGCCUGGUUCUGAAGGAUCAGAGCGGAGAGGGUGAGAUGAGGAGCAACGUGGAGCGAGAGGUGGCUGAACACCUGGCCAAGGGCUUUUGGCCUGACCUGGGCCACCCACAGACUGAAUGCUUGAACCCUGUGGACCAGUCAACAAAGGGAAAGGCCCCUGGCUGCCACUGGUUCAAGCAGCUUGACAUGACAGAAUGUCCCUUUCUCAGGGACUUGGGUGAUCAGCAGGGGCAGCUCCCCGAGUGUGAGGGGGCAUCACAAACAGAAAAGAGGCCAUAUGACUCCUCUCUCAACUCCGGAGACGACUCUGACUUUGACACAGAAGGAGAUAGCGAGUCUUACAUUAAUGUCAGAGCACACGAGGUGCAGCUGCCCUUCUCCGUGGAGCGGAUUGCCUCGCUGAGCCGCAACGACUUCCAGCAGAUCCUGAAGCAGCACCCGCUGACCCGGGACCAGCUGGACUUUGUGCACGACGUGCGGCGCCGCAGCAAGAACCGCAUCGCCGCGCAGCGCUGCCGCAAGAGGAAGCUGGACUGCAUCCACAACCUGGAGUGCGAGAUUGACAAGCUGCGCUUUGAAAAGGAGAAACUGAUGCAGGAGAGGAACCGGCUCAACCAAAUGAAGCUGAAGACCUGGCAGAGCCUCUCAGGCUUGUAUCAGGUCUGCAGUGAGGCAGCACUGCGGCCAGAACAGCUGCAGGUCCUGGCCAGGUACUCAUCCCCAGACUGCCCCCUGUCCGCACUCAUCACCCCUAUGCCUUCCACCUCUGCCAGCCUUGGCACCCAUAACCAGGAGCAGAUACCCCCUUCCACUUGCCCUGUGGGGAUCUUGGCCUGCCCCCCCAUGGACCUCUCUGCAGGUAAGACUCACAAGGGCCCGCAGACGGCCCCCUCUCCAAGGUCUGGACCAGCACCCACCCACUCUAGGACAGUGGAUAACUCGGCCCAAGAGGGAUGUGGCCCCAGCUCCAUCACAGACGUCUGUCUGGACAUGAACAGCAAAUGCACCACAGAUGAGUGA